AUGGCAACAUCAACACGACAAUUUUCGACAAUUAACAAUAAUAUGCGAGAAGAAAAUGAUACAACGAACAAUUCAAAGGAGCCAUCACAACAAAAGUUAUCAUAUCACGAAAUCAAACAAAUGAAAAGAAUGAAAGAACUGGAAGAGCGACUAACGAAGGGUAAAGGUGUCGGAAAACUCUUUACAAAUCCAAAAGAGAAACAAUUAGUUGUUACGGGACUUAUUUUAACCCUUGUUUUUUGUUUAGCUUCUUUGUUGUUUUCAAUUUAUAGAGUUUACGAUACACGGCUUCAAAAGCAAAUUAGAUAUUUUCCAUCCCCUUUUGUAAUGUUGAAUGAGAAUGGAAUAACCUGUGUAGAUUUCUUUGGAACUUUCUCGAUAAAUGUUCCAAAGGAACAUCUUCCUGAUGAAAUAAUUGAAGAAUUUGAGAAGAAGUCAUACAAAUAG